AUGGAAGGAAUUCCUGAAGGCUUUUUUAUAUGUGAAGAAUAUAGGCUUUAUGAAGAGUCUUUAGGAAAUUUCACACAGAAAUUCUAUGCAUUGCCUUCAGCCACAACAGACUAUGAUCUUACUGGGCAAAUUUUGUGGCCUGGUGCAAUUGCAUUAUCUAAUUAUUUUAUCAAUCAUUCAGAGUGUAUAAGUGGAAAAGAAGUCAUUGAACUUGGGGCAGGUUCUGGAUUUUGUGGUCUUGUUGCCUCAAGAUUUUGCAGCAAAAUAGUUUUUACUGAUGGCAUUGAUAUAUAGUCUGUCAAUUAACACUGAAGCAGCAAGACAAGGAGGAGGUACAAAAGGGAAGAGCGAAGGUAUCGGAUGUCUAUGACGUCAAGGGUCGAAGGAGGAGCAAGAUAUGUCGAUCCUUUUCUCUCUGAGAAUCAUCCCAAUACAAACCCAGCUUGACCGACAAUCUUAAACUGGAUUCACCUUUAUGGACCCUUAGUGAUUGCAUUAAAAAUAGGCGGAAGCCACUUUUUUAUAAGAUUUAGAUGGUAUUGAUGUAGUUGUAAAUCUUUUAGAGAAAAAUAAACAAUUUUCUACAUGCAAUGCUGAAGUUUGCAAAAUUGAUUGGGAUGAAGAAAACAAUUUAGCAUGUUUAGAGGAAAAGCAUUUGCCAAUCAAAUAUUCAAUAAUUAUUGGCGCUGACUCCCCCCCCUCGAAGUUCGACAAAGAUAUAGGGAAAAUUCCUAUUUUUUUUGGAAAAUUAACCCCCCUCAAAGUUCGACCAAGACCUAUAUAAAUUUACUAGGAAAAUAAGCAAUUUUUCAAAAAUUUUAAACUAUGUGGGGGGGUGAGCUUGCGAUUUUUGUAUUCAAGUUCUAAAAAAAGCGUUACAAAACCAUCUUGCACUAUUUUUUCUAACCCUUACACCCUCUCAACCAUACAAAAAAAUAUGAUAAAUUUUUUUUUUUAACUACUAAAUUAUAUAAAAAGAAUUCUAUUAAUUUUUUUUUAAAAAAUUUUUCUUAACCCUUCUCGAAGUUCGACCAAAAAAAUCUUGGUCGAACUUCGAGGGGGGGAGUGAGUGCAUUUAUGGAAUACAUAGCAUUGAACCACUGUUUAGGACUGUUGAAAAGCUAUUAGAAAAUGAUGGGAGAUUCAUUUUAUGUUAUGUCGUCAGGGCAAGAAAUGUAUAUGAAGAAUUAUUAAAAAUUAGUGAAGCAAAAGGAUUUGCCAGGGAGCUGCUACAGAAUGAUAAAAAUAUUUAUAUUUUUUCGUUUACUAAAAAUUAA